UGUCAUUGGGUUAAAGUUUGCCCCACCUUUGUUGCUUAUAUCUGGGCUAGCAUGUGGAGAGAGUAGAGGACAGCUCGUUUUCAGACACACUUAGAGCAGUCAGGUUGCUGAAUACCUCUUUCGUUUGUUGAGUAAGCUAAACACUCAACGAAGCAGUAGCAUGUCGGUCGACAGCGUGUUUAGGACCCGCUCUCUCGGUGUGGCCGCCGAGGGACUUCCUGACCAGUAUGCCGACGGCAAAGCAGCGAAAGUCUGGGAGCUGUACAUCGGAGACACGCAGAGUAGGACGCAGGAAUACAAAAGCUGGGUGGUGUCUUUGCUGAAAGAGCAAGGGGUGCAAAGAGUGCUGGAUGUAGCCUGCGGAACAGGAGUUGACUCCAUCAUGUUGGUGGAAGAGGGCUUUACAAUGGUGAGCGUGGAUGCCAGCGACAAAAUGCUCAAGUAUGCGCUGAAGUCAAGAUGGGAGAGAAGAAAAGAACAAGCUUUUGACCAGUGGGUGAUUGAAGAGGCCAACUGGUUGACGUUACCAGAGGAUAUUCAGAAACCAGGGGCUGGCUUUGAUGCGGUUAUCUGCCUCGGCAACUCAUUCGCCCACUUACCAGACUUUAAAGGGGACCAGAGUGAUCAAAAGUUGGCCCUUCAGAACAUUGCCAGUAUGGUCAGACCAGGUGGGAUCCUCAUCAUUGACCACCGUAAUUACGACUACAUCCUGGAGACCGGCCGGGCGCCACAAGGCAAAAAUAUCUACUAUAAGAGUGAUCUAACUCAGGACAUCUCCACUUCGGUGCUGUGGGUCGACAAUAAGCCCCAUAUGAUCACUCUGGACUACACCAUCCACGUGCCCAAGGCAACCCUUCAAAAUCUUCCUGACGUCAGUAAAUUUCGUCUGUCCUACUACCCUCAUCGUCUGGAGAGCUUCAAAGCUUUACUGACCGAGGCCUUCAACAGCAAAAUGGAGCACAGCGUCUACGGAGAUUUCAAGACGUACGUCCCUGGCCAGAACCAGGCCCCCUGCUACUUCAUCCAUGUCUGUAAGAAGACAGCCUAAGAACAACCUGUUACACACACACACACACACACACACACACACACACACACACACACACACACACACACACACACACACACACACACAACACACACACACACAGUCUGAACAUGCUCCUACUGUCCUCCAGAUUUGGGCAAAAUUCUAUUUGAAUAUGUUUUAAAACAAUAUUUCAUUUUAGAUCUUUUGUUUAAAAAAAAAAAAAAGAAAAGAAGAAGAAGAAUAGAAGCAUAUUGGCACUACAUCAUUUGUGUCCAGUGUUAGCAUAUUCAAGAAUGGUUAUGCCAGUAGCUGUUAUUAUACAUCAUUAUAUAAGAAAAUGUAUUAGUGAUUUUUGCUAUGUUCUAGAAAGUUACAAUUCAAACUUGCUAUUAGUUUUAAUUUUCACUAAUAAUGUUUGCUAAAAUGUUAAAGCCUCUUCCAGGAACAAAUGGUUGAUUCUGAUCUCUCUUUUUAACUUAAAACACAGUGCGUUCCUAAAACUCUAGAAAGGUCAAAGCUAGUUUGAAAAAUAUAUUCAAAAUUUAUCGGACCACUGUUUUGCCCAUAUCUGGUAUUUUCCUAAUAUGCUGUAUGCAGCUUUAGUUUUGUCUUGACCUCAUUUCGCCUUUCUGAACUUCGAUAACCACAAAGAACAUGUGUUAACAUGGUGCUGUACAUUAGUGAUAUUUCUCAUGAUGGAACACUUGAUAUUAAUUGCCAGUAAUGUACGAAGUGCAAUUCCAGACAAUUGCAUUUUAAAAGUUUACCACAAGGGUCUUAAAAACACACAUAAAGCAUCCGUGUUUUGUGAAUACGUUUGCCGUUCUUUUGAUUGUAUUUUUGAGCUCGAAAAGUGGAUCCUAUUCUGGUCUACUGCCUUUCUUUAAAUCUGGCACAGCAUGAUGGCAGUUUUACUUCACUGUUACUGUUGUGGCUGUCGCCACAUGUUCAAUAGUAUUCUUGCUCGACUUGGUGGACGUCACUUAAAUAAGACCAGAGCGAAGUGAACAUUUUUAAUCCCCCUGUUUAGGGUAAACCAGUGGUACUGUCAAUCCAAUCAACAUUCCUUCACCCUACAGUGUUCUUCUCACCAAAUUCCCUCCAACUCCAGAGCUACAUAACCUCUGACCUCUCUGAACCUGAAAAUGUCCACUAAAGACUGCUCAUGGUUAUAACGGUUUCUAAUAUUUAAAUGUAAUUUGCCUUUUUUUUUUUUUUUUUUCUUUUUUUUUUUUUGCAAUUUAUAGCAUUUUUGUUUGGUUGGUUUCUAGGUUCUGUUAUUUCAUAGUACAAUUCAUUUACUUUAUUUGAGCUAAAUACAGCCUUUACAUGUUCUGGGCACUAAUUAAUGCAGGCCAGGAAUGAAAGUCAGCCUUUUUUAGUCCUAUUGAGGAUUCAUCCAAAACUACUACCAGAAUCAUUUCAGGAAUACUCAUAUUCGUUGCUGUGUGUACUAAAACUGGUUAAAAAUCCAAACCGUUGCAUUACAGUAAUAGCAUAGACAACCCAACUGUAUUUAAAAUUGUGUUAUCAACCAAAUAUAUUUCAAAAGUGUUAUUUUCUGCUCAAUCUUAGUUUAUUUUUGCUUUAAAAGUGCAAGAAACCUGAUUGUUAUGCAAUUGUGCUGCACAGUACAUUGUCUCAAAUAAUUGAGUUUAGCCAAAUAAUGAGGGGAGCAUGAUGAAAGAAUAAUUUAUUUUUGCUGUUUUAUCCAGGUUCAAAUACAUUUUGCUUCGACACCAAAUAAAAAAUUUGUUUUUCACUGAAAUGAGAAAGGUGCUCUACCAGAGAGAAAUCAAAUAUUAUCACUACCCCUGCUGUUUGCCUAAACAGGAGUGCACUGUGCAUUCAAAUGUUGUGCCAGUGCCUCUUGUAGAACUACAUUUACGGUACGCAGAAGUUUGUAAUUGAGAUCAACAGUAGGUUCAGAAUGUGUUAAGAAUGGCUGGAUGUUUGAGUGGCCUUGAAAGUUUAUGUAGAGAUUUCACAACAGUCUUAUCAUGUUGCCAGAUCUUAAAAAUAAAGUGUAAACAUUUUAUAAUGAACAAGGAUUAUUGGAAUUAUUUUGCAUGAAAUAAAAAAUAUUUUAAGUAAGUAAA